AUGUUGAAGUCGACUUAUACACCUCCACCUCCGCUUCCACCGGGGUGGACAGAACAUAAAGCCCCAUCAGGUCAUCCAUAUUAUUACAAUGCAGCAACUAAGCAAUCUACCUACAAACGUCCUACCGCUCCUCCCGUUUCCGCCUCCCUCUUAGAUACUUCUCAGGCACAAGCUAGCUAUACUCCAGAGAACCUUCCACCUUUCUCUUCGACCCCUUACGGACCUUCGGCAGGAACAAGGCAGCCGGAUAGACUCGGCUCCAACAACACAUUUCAGCAUUAUCGCACGGCACAUGAUGGUGGUAGAGCUCAUGGAAAUCGAGGGUAUCGGGAACCCAAUGACCGCCCCAAAUCCAAACACAGUAUCCCCGGAUGCGCGCCAUGGCUUCUUGUGAAAACCAGAUAUGGACGACGCUUUGUACACAAUCCAGACACAAACGAGAGUUAUUGGAAGUUUCCGGAACAUCUUAUGAAAGGGGUGGUAGAGUUUGACCGUUUGGAAAGGGAAAAGAAACAGCAAGAACAACAUCACGAAGAGCAGCAAAAGGCGCUCGAAACAGGCAAGCAGGAUGAAGAGGAAAUUAUUAUUGAAGCGCAGGAUAUUCCUACUGCUGCCGGACCUAAUCAAGAGGAUAGCGAUGAAUACGAAGAAGUGGAGGUCACUGAUAAUGAAGAGGACGAGGACCAGCUCAGCAAGCGACCACGGAUAGAAGGUGAAGAAGAAGAUAAUGACCGGCCCAUGGAGUUCAAUGAGGAAGAUAUUGAAUAUCAGCUUGCGGCCAUGGGCGAGGAUUACGGCUUGGAUCCCGGCGAAUAUGGAGAGCCCGGCGAGGAAGGUUGGGAAGAAGGCGUGGAAGGACUUACACUGACCGAUGAAGAAGCGGCAGCUCUUUUCAGUGAUCUACUCGACGAUUUUCGUAUUAAUCCAUUUACUACGUGGGAAAAGGUUGUGGACGAAGGUCGCAUUAUCGAGGACACCAGAUACACUGUAUUAUCGAGUAUGAAAGCACGACGAGAAGCAUUUGCAAAUUGGAGCCGUCAACGCAUUCAGGAAAUCAAAGCGCGCAAGGAGAAGGAGGAAGAGAAAGACCCGCGCAUCAAAUAUAUCGCCUUUCUUCAGGAAUAUGCCACGCCAAAAUUAUACUGGCCGGAAUUCAAGCGGAAAUAUCGAAAAGAGGACGAGAUGAAAAAUACUCGGAUGUCGGACAAAGAUCGUGAGAAACUUUAUCGAGAUCAUAUCGCGCGUCUCAAACUGAGCGAGAGCACCCGGAAAUCAGAUUUAUCUACACUACUCAAGUCGAUUCCUCCGCAGGAUUUGAACAAUUCUUCGAAUAUCGAAGCUCUUCCUCCUGCGAUAUUGACCGACAUACGCUAUAUUUCCUUGCCACCGAAGGUCCGCGAUCCACUGAUAGAAGCAUAUAUUUCCAACCUACCACCCGCUCCUAAAGAAGAAGCCGCUGCUCUCUCAGCCCAGGAACAGCAAGAACGGGAGCAGAAACGCCUUGAACGAGAUCGAAGGAACAAAGCUUUGGCUGAGAGAGAACGCCGAGUAGAAGAAGAGAAACGGCGUUUGAAGGGCGGUUUGCUUCAUGGCAAGAGGCUUUUGAGAGAGGAAGCUGCUGAGAUAGAAGAAGCUAUGCAAAUUAGGGGCAAGGAAAGCUUAAAGGGUUAUUUUGAGAAUGGCGGGGAUGAAGCUAUGGAUAAGACGGACUAA